GGGUGACCGACUACUUAUACUAAGUGGAGAGGGUUAAGGGCAAGGCUACCGCACAGUAGGUAAGGGUAAAGGGGAUACGGGAAUGGUAUAGGUGCGUUGGCAUCAGGGCCUGAUUAGUGAUGGGUGGUCGAAUGUGGAAUGAGACCGAGAAACGUUGGAACGGACCAACGGUAAGAAUACAAUGUGCGGGAAUCCGCAGUCAGGGGAAACAGAAAGAGGAAAGCCACAUUGGUGGCACGAGUCAGACCAAGUCAGAGAGGCGGAUGAUGCGAGGGACGGGAACGGUCCUGAGGAUCUGGUCAACGGAAAGUCGGUAAAGGAGGACGAGCCGGUAGAUGACCUGCAAGUGGCAGCGCGCCAGGGCCCAGUCAUCAUACUCAUUGCGAGUCAAUACUCAUGUAGCGCCAUCAUCGUCCCAACAUCAGGAGACCCCCAUCAUGUUCCCUUGCUGUCUGUCACUCUCGCAGAUCUGACCAAUCUCAAGGACCACGUCGCCAGGGCAAUACGACACACAUCUACCCUGGGCCCCAAAUUGCCGCGAAACAAUCUAAUAGUCCUCUUGCGGACAGCAACUUCGACAUACACGCCUGGCGCACACAAUGAUACCUUCAUCUCUCCCUCUUGUCCCUCCUUCCACCCAGUGUCCACCACACAUGUUCGAGCCACAUCAACAUUCACUGAUGUGCACCAGGCGUGUGCGCUAAGCACUGGUGGCUAUUGGGAUUGGGUGGGGGCGGACAAAGUGACGUUCAGUCCAGGGUUUGACCAAAUGGCUGAACCGAACCAUAGGUUCGGUUUGGCAUUUGGAAAAUUUGCCCCAAGAACCAGACUGAACCAGACUUCGGCAGCACUACACCCACCCACUAAUAUUAGUGAUGACAAGAUGAUAUGCCUCUUUCUGAGGCCGAAUAACUGUUCAGUGACGAAGAGGACAAACUAUAAGCUGAAGAUGGUAUUCUCGAAGAAGAUGAAGAUGAAGAUUCAUCAGGCAUAA